UUUGUGACGUAGCUCUGUAUGUUGCUGAAACACCAAGUUCUUUGCAUUACCUUGUAAAUAACAUAGUUUUCAUGCGGGUGGCAACUUUUCCCGCUACAGAUAAAGAAAACUGUUUGUAAUACGUUGGCAUAAAAAACGCUACACGCCGAUAAAAAGAGAAACAGAGGAAAUACGCUAAGUUCAAGCAACUAACAUGUCCACAAACAAUGAGGCUACUGGAAGCAAACAAGCGCGCCUAGCCAACAAUCAUAACAGCAAGGAUUUAAAUGGAACUGCAGCCGGAGGCGGCGGCGAAGGCGAUGUUAAUAAAACUCGUAAUAAGGUGGCGCUGAUAACCGGCAUAACGGGACAGGAUGGUUCGUACCUGGCAGAGUUUCUGCUAAAGAAGGACUAUGAGGUGCAUGGGAUUAUAAGACGAGCCAGCACCUUCAAUACUACACGCAUUGAGCAUUUAUAUGCCGAUCCGAAGGCGCACAAAGGCGGACGCAUGAAGUUGCAUUAUGGCGACAUGACUGACAGCAGCAGCCUGGUUAAGAUCAUCAACAUGGUCAAGCCCACAGAGAUCUACAAUUUAGCGGCUCAGUCGCAUGUCAAGGUCUCCUUUGAUCUAAGUGAAUAUACAGCUGAGGUUGAUGCCGUUGGCACACUGCGCAUCCUGGACGCAAUUCGUACCUGUGGCAUGGAGAAAUCUGUGAAAUUCUAUCAGGCUUCAACGUCAGAAUUGUACGGCAAGGUUGUGGAGACGCCACAGAACGAACAGACACCAUUUUAUCCACGUUCGCCUUAUGCUUGUGCGAAGAUGUACGGCUUCUGGAUAGUCAUCAAUUAUCGGGAGGCAUACGACAUGUUUGCCUGCAAUGGCAUACUCUUCAAUCAUGAAAGUCCCCGACGUGGCGAGAAUUUUGUAACCCGUAAGAUAACGCGAUCCGUUGCAAAGAUCCUGCUCAAUCAGAUGGAGUACUUUGAGCUGGGCAAUUUGGAUUCAAAACGUGACUGGGGCCAUGCCAGUGACUAUGUGGAGGCCAUGUGGAUGAUGCUGCAGCGUGAGGAGCCAGCGGAUUAUGUGAUUGCCACCGGAGAGACGCAUAGUGUACGGGAAUUUGUGGAAGCCGCCUUUAAGCACAUCGGUCGUGAGAUCACCUGGAGUGGCAAGGGUGUGGAAGAGGUGGGCGUGGAACGCAACACCGAUAUUGUGCGCGUGCGCAUUAAUCCAAAGUAUUUCCGGCCGACCGAAGUGGAUCUGCUGCAAGGCGAUGCCUCCAAGGCAAAGCGCGACCUGAACUGGACGCCAAAAGUUAGUUUCCUUGAGCUGGUCAGUGACAUGAUGAACGCCGACAUUGAGCUGAUGAAAAAGAAUCCCAUUGCAUAGUUGCAUAGAUGCAACUCGACGUGAAAUUAUUUGGCACAAAGCUCUAGCAUAACGUGCAGAGUUUUAUUUAUACAAUAUGCAUAUAGAUAUAUAGUGUUUAAGUGUGUAACUGAGACGGGAUUUGCAAUCAUUCCUUUUUCUACUUUACUGUGGAUGUCUGUCUGUCUGUGUGUGCUGUUUCCUUAAAUGUUAUUUGUAGUUUUUACCAAAUGUAACGAGUAUACACAUGCAAUAAAUCAUUACUAAAAUAAAUCAAAAA